AUUAAAUCUCAAAAGCAUUCUUAUGAUAUUAGAAAAUUAGAUCUCUAAAACCUAGAAUAUCCCAUCUCCUCAACUCAAAAUAAAUAAGGAUUAUAAAUCUUAAUAAUUCUCUUCACUUAACACAAGUCAUCAAUCAAUAGAUCAAGAGAAUUAGUAUCCUCAAGAAGGCAAAUUGUUGAACUUUAUCAUGGAACUAGAAGAACUCCAACAAAAGUCCAUAUUCAAUUUAACUUUGAACUCCUUGUCCUUAGAACAAUAGAAAUGUAUCCAAUUUUUUGUAUAUUUUAGUGGCUCUUACAGAUGAUCCCAACAAUUCCUAAUUAAGAAGGUAAUUGCAAUAUAAUAAACACUAUUACCAAGAAUUUCAGUCUUCUCUUCAGUAUGAGAAUGUCUACCUUGGAAAUUGUCUACAGAAUCAGAAGGUUUCGUAACAAUUAAGAAGUCGAAUGGUUGAUUGGAUGAUUGAAGUAUUAGGAAAUUAUAACGAAACUACUACCAAUGCCACAUUUUUUAGAUCUGUCUCUAUCAUGGACUACUUCCUAUUAAAAUCUAAUACUUAAUACUCUGAUCAGCAUCUGCAUCUCAUUGGGAUAAGCAGCAUGUUCAUAGCUACAAAACUAGAAGACAUCUACCACAUCCCUUUAUAAGACUUUGUGUUAAGAGUUGGUCAUAAUAAAUAUUCUACGUAAUUUUAAAUUAUUAUAAUAUAGAAUCAAGGUCAAAGGCAUGGAAUAAAUCAUAUUGGAAACAUUGAAUUAUGAAAUUACUUUCCCGACUAUUCUUGAUAGACUUUAUAAUCUUUAUUAUCAAUGUUUCAGUGUAAACAAUGAGUAAGAGUAACAAAUAUUAAUUUUUAGUACUAAUUUGUAGAACAUAUUAGAAGCAAGCACCUACAUCUUAAAGAUGUGUCUUCACGAUUAUUCGAUGAAUACUUUUCACGCCAAUACUCUAGCUGCCAGUUCAUUCUUUUAUUCAAUAUGUGAUUUUGUUAUUUCGAAAGAUUACCAGCAUUAAGAUCAAAUAAUUGAUUAAUUUGUACUUAUCCUAUUAAAUAUCAUAGAGUAAACGAAUAACACAAAUAUCUGAGAUAAAUUUGUUCGAAUUUAAUUAAUGUUAAGGGAAAUUAAAGGAAUUGAUCAAUUCAUUUAAGAAAAAGUAUCCAGAUUUAUAGAAUUUAGAUAAGUUUUCUUGAUUUUAUAAUAUUAAUUCUUUCA